AUGACAUACUGUCGACAUAUUAAUAUUCUUCGGGUUUUUAUAUUGGCUUUCAGUCUUAUAGGUCUAGCAUGCCAUUCAGCACAAUGCGCCCUAUUAUCAGCUUACGAAGAUCAAGCUAAAAUACCGGGAUGGUUUCAAUCUGGUCAUUGGCAGUAUUUGGCGUGGUUUAUAACAUUUUGCCUAUCAUUAGUCAGUGCCUUUAUAAUUUGCAUCAAUGCAACAUAUUGCAAACAUGGCCAUGGAGUAAAGGCGGAUAAGACUCUUGGAGGAGUCAACCUAGCUUCUCUGGCUGUCACCAUUACAAUUAAUACAUUCCUCAAUGAUCAGGAGCCAUGGACAAACGGGAUAAUUGAAUUUACUCAACCGACAAGAGGCCUCAAUUUUCAUUGUACGUUGCUCGAUGAGAGUCAUGAUGCCACGUACCCCUUGUUGUUUCAAAGAUGCGUAUUGAUCGAUUGCACAUAUGUCAUAGCUGUUAUUACUGGUCAUUUCUGGAUGUUUUUAAUUGUCUUUGCACACUUCUUCACUAGAAAAGAGCAAAAGUUUACAGCUAAAUCGCAAAAAAAUACCAAAUUGGUAGUUAGCAAGGGUAACCGCCAGAGUAACUAUAGCUAUAAUAAUGACAGCUGGAAGAUAGCUACCAUGUCAAAGCACACUACUCUACCUAUGGCGUUCAACGACGAUUUCUAUCACCAUUUUAGUGCAGCUACUGGACAUAAGCCGACAAAAGGUCUGCCUCACCAUAGCAUUUUACCGCAACAUGAUUUACAGCAACAAAAGGCUUCUAAAUACGCGAACAACAUCAUCAACUAUCCACCUCUACCUAAUCUUACAUACACAAAGAGUAAUUCCAGCCAUAGAACUUACACUGAUACUGAUCUGAAUCCAUGCGGGAAAGGAAACAGUGGCAGUGAGGGAAAUUAUGAUCAUUACCGUCAUAGUAGUCCGAUCGUUGCUGCUCCAACUUCACCAUAUCAAUUUAACAGUUAUUGGAACAACAACAACAACAACAACAACAACAACAUCAAGCAUUACUCUUCUUUGCCGCAUCAAUACAAAGAAGCUCUAGCUACUAACACGAAUGCUGCUAAUAGUAACUGGACGGCCGAGGACUACAGUUGUCCACCUUCAAGGAUGCCAUCCCUCGGUCGAUCUACAAUGACACAGCAAUACUAUCACGAACUGUAA